CACUUCCGGUACCCGGCGGAGAUGACGUCAGCGUACGGCAGCCUGGAAGCGCGAAGCGUCAAAACAGCCACGGAAAUGAAACCAACUAUGAAUGAAAAAUCGUUUGUUUUACGGUAAACUUUUAUUGUCUCAGGAUGAGCAUGCAUCACAGCACCAGCGUGCGUAAGAUCUCCAUCGCCUCCGAGCCUGAUCGUGAAUUUUUUCUUAAACUGGAGUGGGCCGAGGAUCUCGGAUCUGGAUUUGUCAUUCUUCUGUCCGAUGGUGUGUCUGCGUGGAGCGGUGAAGUUUCAGAAGAGGACGUGUCCCGGGAAGCCCGCGACAUAGAUAUGAAAAGAGAGCGUUAUGUUCAGGAUCUACACCUGGCCCUGACCGGAGAGGGACAGAUAGGAGAGGGGGAGUACAGCUUUCACCUGGCACCCCUGAGACCCGGCAGCCCCCUGAUGCAGCUGUCUUAUGAGAGGGUGCAGAACGAUAUCUCGUUCAAGCUCGGUGUGGUGGACCUGCAGGCUGUGCCUGAACCCACUGAAGUCAUAAGGGAGCUCAUUACUCACAGCCUGGAGCUCAGCAAACAUCUGCAGGCCAAAAACCGGCACCUGCUUGAAGAGAACCAGAAACUGAGACGGGAACAAGAACACAUCACCACCGAGAUGGAAAAGUACGUCCAGGGAAAGGAGACCCUGGAGAAGGAAUUGUAUAGCCGCUUUGUCUUGGUUCUAAAUGAGAAGAAGGCCAAAAUCCGAGCUUUGCAGGCGAAAGUCGACGAAUUUCAGCAGUCUAUGGAGGAGGAUCGACUGAGAAAGAAAAAGUCUGAAAGUGAAGAUCAGGAGGUGAGUGAAACCGCAGCAGAUAAGAGUCCAGGGGAGGAGAGUGAUUAUGGGGGAAGCACAGAAGAAGAACAGGAUCAGGAACUCAGACGUCCAGACCAAAGCGCUCCUGCUAAAGAUAUGCCUGAAAACAGCCCAAUGGAUGACAGUCUAAAUGACAUCACAGAUGUAGCCCCCUGCCGCAAACGACGCCAUCGUCAUCUCCAAAAGCUGGAGUCUGAGGCCAAAAGAGCUGCGCUGGUGCAGAGAUCCAGAGAGAAGCCGACAGAAGAGGCCAAAGCAGAAACGAGCAGAACUCCAAAUGUCCAACAGAGACCAGCCGUGACUCCGGCUGUACCUGAUCCAGAUGAUCUCUUUGAAGAUUUCUGACCUUCUGCAAAUCAUGAUAACACUGACUUUUUUAAACUUAAAUAAUAAAAUUAUACAUUUAAACUAUUUUUUACAAUAAAUAUGAAUACAUUUUUACAAUAUUAAGAGUAAAAGAAGGCUAUUUGAACUGUAAAUUGUGUUAAACUACAAUGCAAGUAAAGUCUUUUUCAUUUA